UGAUGGCAGCUUUUACUAGACUGUGCUUGCAUCAACAUCUUUGACACCUGCCCACAAAGUUUCUGCUGUGACAGUUUGUUGGUUGACUGUGAUAAACGGCGUGAAAGCAGCCUGAGAAGCAGACUUUGCUUCCUUUCUAUUAAAGCACCAAUGAUAGACAAAGGGAGCAUCAUUUUCAUCUUUUUCCAGGUCAUUCUCUCGGGGGCCUCUGAGAGUGGCAUCUUUGGAGGCAAAAUUUCAAGGCCUCACUCCAGACCCUACAUGGCUUCACUCCAGCUCAGAGGACACCACACUUGUGGUGGGAUACUCAUUCGAGAGGACUUUGUUCUAACUGCAGCACACUGUGAACUUGACCAGGUUGUGUUGGGAGCCCAUGAUCUAAAUGAGAAGGAGAAAAGUCAGCAAAGGAUCAAAGUGGGAAAGUACUACAGGCAUCCAAAUUAUGACGGAAAAUUUGACUAUGACAUUAUGUUGCUUAAGCUGGUAAAUAAUGCUAAACUCAAUAAAAAUGUCCAGCCUAUUGAGUUACCAAAGAAAGAUAAGAAAAUUCCUGCCUACCUGGAGUGUCUUGUUGCUGGCUGGGGCAAAACUGGACGAAAUAAACCUACUUCAACUGUUCUGAAAGAAGGAACAGAAAAGACACAAUUCAAGAUUGAGUGUGAUCAAGUUUGGAAAGAACAUUUUACCUCUCAGCGAAUGAUUUGCACCAAGUUUAACAAGAACAAGGGAGGAAUAUGCCAGGGUGAUUCUGGGGGCCCUUUGAUCUGUAAAAACAAGCUUCAAGGAAUUACUGCUUUCACUGCUGAAAAUGAAUGUGACAAUCCAAAAUACCCACAUGUUUUCACCAAAGUUAGCUUCUUUCUCCCCUGGAUCAACAAGAUGAUGGAGAAAUAAGACAUAUGACCUAAUUAGCCAAGGGAG